GUGACUAUCAACAUGGCGAAUGUUGUUCUACAAUUUUCUUCCGGGAACAGCGUUUCUGACCCAAGAUCUCGGUCGGUUUUGAUUCUUGGACAGCUGUCACACCUGACAGCAAUCAGUUAUGAAGCAGUCCGCUCAAAGUUGGAGCCGAGAGUGACACAAGAGACGUUUAAGGUGGGCGUUGACAGUCUGCACCCAUCGCCAACGGACUCUGUCUCCUUGUGGGUCAACAAUGCCACAAUCGCAGCCUUGCCCCUCAAAGCGAGCCGGCACAACACACCAUCACGGGCCCACGCUGUCACCAAGCUGGUCAAAAAUGGCCUACCAGGCAUGGCCAAGGAGUGCAUUGUGAUCGUGUGUGAACGAAGCUGCGUGUUUGCGUCGGCCUGCGCAGCGGCCAGAGCCUAUCCACUCUUCUCACGUCGGCUUGGAUCUAAGGGGUCCAGCACGCGGGUCGUAACCAUCGAGUUUAUCCUGGUGGGAGAGAACAGCAGUAAGCCUCUGACCGACGGAGACAUCCAGACCCUCGCUGUCACUGCAGACGCUGUGCGUCAAUCUGCACGGAUUGUCGACACGCCUUGUAAUGAAAUGAAUACUGACCAUUUCCUACAGGAGGUGCAUAGAGUGGGCAAAGAGCUUGGUAUCGUACCAUUCAUCAUCAGGGGUGAAGAUCUGGAUAAACAAGGAUUUGGAGGUAUCUAUGGGGUUGGAAAGGCAGCGGCUAACCCGCCGGCUAUGGCUGUACUUAGCCAUAAGCCAGCGUCUGCAACUCAGACAAUAGCGUGGGUUGGCAAGGGCAUUGUCUAUGACACCGGUGGCUUAUCAAUUAAAGGGAAGACCGCCAUGCCUGGUAUGAAGAGAGAUUGCGGCGGUGCUGCAGGGGUGCUGGGAGCCUUUGCAUCUGCUGUCAAACUGGGUUUUAAGGAGAACCUUCAUGCUAUAAUCUGCCUUGCUGAGAAUGCUGUAGGACCACUAGCUACCCGACCAGAUGAUAUUCACAUCCUGUACUCUGGAAGAUCAGUAGAAAUCAACAAUACCGAUGCAGAGGGACGCUUGGUGCUUGGUGAUGGGGUUGCCUAUGCAGUGAAGGAUCUAAAGGCAGACAUUGUACUAGACAUGGCUACACUGACCGGUGCCCAAGGCAUCUCAACAGGGAAGUACCACGCUGGACUGUUAUGCAACAAGGAGGAAUGGGAGGAGGCUUGUGCAGUAGCUGGAAGGAACAGUGGUGACUUAGUGUUUCCCCUGGUUUUCUGCCCUGAGCUUCACUUCAGUGAAUUUGGUAGCGCUGUUGCAGAUAUGAAGAACUCAGUCAUGGACCGUGGCAAUGCACAGAGUUCAUGCGCUGGUCUCUUCAUUGGAGCUCACAUUGGGUUUGAUUUCACUGGUACUUGGAUUCAUGUGGACAUGGCCAGCCCUGCUAACUAUGGAGAGAGAGCCACUGGGUAUGGUGUAGCCCUCUUGGUGGCGCUGUUCGGCCGUGCAUCACACUCUGCACUCCUCCAGUCAGUCUCACCCCUUGGUCAGAACCUUUCCAGUGAGGUCGAACUAGUUGGGAACGAAAGCAAGAAAAUACGACUGGUGUAAGAAAAUACAACCCUGGCUGUAUCUCGUUGGCCCCCCCGCAACAAUUUUGUUUAAAAUUAUAUUUCUUUUUCUAAAUCCCUUUUAUGUGGUAGGCCUUUUAUAAUAAACAAAAAUUUCAGGCAAAAAAAAAAA